UAACAAAAUGAAAAUGAAAAUGAAAAUUAAAUACACCGCUAACAGAGCAGUAGAGCAACAAAUGAGCGUUGUUUGAUUUGUCGCAGCAAAGACCACCCACCAGGCACUCAGACUAUCGAAGAUGUGACUAUCGACAAGUGUGUAUAUCGAUGGUGGGUACGAUAGCUAAACACAAGUAGCGGAAAAUAUAUCGAUGUGUGGCGUUUGUUUUAACAUCCCUGGCCAUAGUUUGGCUUGUGCAAAUUUAUACACGGGCAUUAUAAAAACGAAGCUGGCUUGAUUUAAAACACAAACACUUUGUGCAAUUUGUUGAAAUCAAAGGGCCAAUCAAUUGGUAGCCAUGGAUGCUGCACCAGCUGUCGCGCUGCACGCUACAAACGAAUCAAACAAACAAUUAACUCAACCCCCGGCCCCGGCGGCCGCUGCGCCAAACGAAAAUGGUGUACAAACAGCAGCAAAAAAAUCUGAAACAUCGACAGCGACUCCGGGCUCCGAAACGCAUUCCAAUAUCACCGAGACUGGCAAAGUGCUCGAAGCGCAAAAAACGAAAUUGAAAUGCGAUUUGCCCACUGAAAAGGUAUUAAUUACAAUAUGCAGCGCCGAUCGAAAGAACAAAAAGACAUUCAUGUCCUUGCCCAGCAGAAAGGAUGUUAUAGAAAAAGCACACAAAUACGGCUUGUUGGGCAGCACCAUUGUGCUCGAGAGCAAUGGCUGUGAGAUCUGCGAGGAUGAGGUGCUCCUCUUUGCGGCCAAGGAGAAAAUACUGUUAAUGCUGUUAGCCGAAAGUGAUGAAUAUAUAAUACUACCUCCACCAUCGCCGCUAAAUCGUUCCGAUCGCGCUGGCAGCUCCAUUGAUCCCAGCUUUGUGUCGAAUGCCAAUGAUUCGACGGUGUCGAACGAUGAGACGCUUUCCCUGGCCAGCAUAACGCCGAGCAAUUCAAAGACAUCGACGGCAUUGUUUAAAGACUUCUCGAUACCUUGGUCAAAGGUACCCAAUGAUAUUAUGAGACUAUUGCGCAAUAAAACCAGUUUAGGCAAACGACUCAAUUCGCUCGCCAAUCUGCUGGUGGAUGCAUUGAGAGAACGCUCGGCUCACAUACCGACCAGGGUGUUUCGUGAGGUUGCCCAGCAGGCGGCCGAAAAGUAUCCGGAAUCGUUGCUGGAAAAGGAUCGUGAGGGACAACAGAUUGCGACGACGCCCCAAUCGCUCAUCUCGAAGAUGAUCAAUCGGAACAAUGCACUGAAUCGGCCACAGAAACGUGCCAGCUCGUCGGGCACAUCGGAUCUGCACAUCACCAGCAGCAGCAGUCUGAGCACCAAGAAACGCAAAUCAUCGGCUCCACAUGCGGCCAAUGGGAAUGCCAAAUCUGUUGCCCUCAAUCGUGAUCUGGAGCACAAGAAGGAACUGCUGAUUGCCAGUUAUCGUGGCAGCUCCACUGUUGACAUAGCCACCAUAGCCGAAUAUAUGAAGGAAUGCUUUCCAUUACAACGGGAAUUCUUCAAUAAUAGCGAAAAGAUUCCAGAUAUUACGGCCAUCAAGGAUAAUUGGCCGUAUAUCUUUAACAAGGAUCUGCUCUAUCAGCACUUUGAGCUGCUCAUGUCCAUUGAUCCCCGAGUGCUCGAGAAACGCUUUGCCAGCGAACGAGAUCGCAUCUUUAAAUUCUUCAAGACGUCCAAAAAUAAGAAAAUCAACGAUUUGGAGGAGAACAAUGCGAAUGUUGUCCGCGGACUGGCAUACCAUUUUAACGAGGAUCCCGACUACAUAUUCAUGAAACUCGACAAUGGCGCAUUGCCAAAAGAUGUCCAGCAAAUCAACCCAACCAAUGCGCCUUGGGUGGCUCUAGUCAAUACACCAACAUCAUCCGGCGGCGUCAGCGGCGUCACUGAAGCCACCCAAAUAGAGGCAAUGGUCUACAUUGAGGGACAGAUAAUGAGCACGUUUGCUGCCAGCGAUGUGGAUUUGCCAGAUAUUGUUGCCCAAUUGCUUUGCUACUAUUAUACCUUCAACAUGAUGUACCCCAAGGAAGCCAAUCAAACACUCGAAUUUAUCGUCAUAUAUUUUCUACAAAAUUCACCGGAACAGGCGCGCAACUCCAAAAAGUGUGUAACCGGCAACAGUAAAUACAAUCAGCUCAUCGCCAAACUGGCAAAUGCUGCAAAUGGUUGAGAUACGUUGCGGAUGCCUGAUGGAUGCGGAGAUGAUAGCGAUGAUGUCUCAUGUCUCAUACUGUUUAGUUUACAUAUUUAUAUUAUUUUACAGAUCCCCAUUCACUAUAUACUCCCCCUAUAUUUAAGAUGAGAUUUACAUAAAUUGUGUGUAGUGUACUUAUGUUGUGUAUACAUUCUGAUUUGUCCAAAAAAAAGAAAACAAAAAUCACAA